UCUCCAGAGCUGUUUGAGAGCCCGCUGCUGGAGUCAGAAGAGGAACAUCUCCUGCUGGACCCAGGCAACGUGCUGAAGCUGGACUGUGAUGCCAACCAGAGUGGUGCCAGUGUGGUCUGGUACAAGGAGUCCCGGCCGCUUGUCCCAGGGGGUCGCAUCCACCUCCGGCAGAGCCUGCUGGAGAUCUCGGAGGUCGCCUACGAGGACUCACGGGCCUACAUCUGCCGGGCGCAGGGGACUGGGGAGAUUCUGCGCAACUUCACCAUCUCCAUUGUGGACUCGCUGGCAUCAGGUGAUGAUGAUGAAGACAGCGAUGGGGACAGUCCCCACGGGGACCGAAAUGAGGAGCCCGUCUACGUGCACAGAGCUCCUUACUGGACUCACCCGCACCGGAUGGACAAGAAGCUCUAUGCAGUCCCUGCAGGGAACACAGUGAAGUUUCGCUGCCCGGCCUCGGGCAGCCCCAGCCCCAGCAUCCGCUGGUUCAAGAACGGGCGUGAGUUCCGGGGGGAGCACCGCAUUGGGGGCAUCCGGCUCCGGCACCAGCACUGGAGCCUGGUGAUGGAGAGCGUGGUGCCCUCUGACCGCGGCAACUACACCUGCCUGGUGGAGAACAGGUUUGGCAGCAUCCGCUACAGCUAUCUCCUGGACGUGCUGGAGAGAUCGCCGCACAGGCCCAUCUUGCAGGCUGGGCUGCCCGCCAACACCACGGCCCUGGUGGGCAGCGACGUGGAGUUCUUCUGCAAGGUCUACAGUGAUGCCCAGCCCCACAUCCAGUGGCUGAAGCACAUCGAGGUGAACGGCAGCAGCUACGGUCCCGACGGGGUCCCCUACGUGCAAGUGCUCAAGACUGCAGACAUCAACAGCUCCGAGGUGGAGGUGCUGUACCUGCGCAAUGUCUCUGCGGAGGAUGCUGGCGAGUAUACCUGCCUGGCGGGCAACUCCAUCGGCCUCUCCUACCAGUCUGCCUGGCUCACCGUGCUGCCAGAAGAGGAGCUGGUGCGGGAAGCUGAAGUCCCCGAGGCCAAGUACACAGACAUCAUCAUCUACACCUCGGGCUCGCUGGCUGUGGCAAUGGCCGUCAUCAUCGUGGUGCUGUGCCGGAUGCAGACACAGUCAAGCAAGCAGCCCCUGGAACCCAUGGCAGUUCAUAAACUCUCCAAAUUCCCGCUCAUCCGACAGUUCUCCCUGGACUCCAGCUCCUCCGGAAAGUCCAGCACGUCCCUGAUGCGCGUCACUCGUCUCUCCUCCAGCUGCGCCCCGAUGCUGGCUGGGGUCAUGGAGCUGGACCUGCCCCUCGAUGCCAAAUGGGAGUUCCCCCGAGACAAGCUGGUGCUGGGCAAACCCCUGGGGGAAGGCUGCUUCGGCCAGGUGGUGCGGGCAGAGGCUUAUGGCAUCGACAGAGACCGGCCAGACAGAGCAGUCACCGUGGCUGUGAAAAUGCUGAAAGACAACGCCACGGACAAGGACCUGGCUGACCUCAUAUCGGAGAUGGAGAUGAUGAAGCUCAUGGAUAAGCACAAGAACAUCAUCAACCUCCUGGGAGUCUGCACGCAGGACGGGCCACUGUACGUGAUCGUGGAGUUUGCUGCGAAGGGCAACCUGCGCGAGUACCUCCGCGCCCGCCGCCCCCCGACACCUGACUAUGCUUUUGACGUCACGGCGAUGCCUGAGGAGCAGCUCUCUUUCAAGGACUUGGUCUCCUGCGUCUACCAGGUGGCCCGUGGCAUGGAGUACCUGGAGUCCAAACGGUGCAUCCACCGUGAUCUGGCUGCCCGCAACGUGCUGGUCACGGCAGAAAGCGUGAUGAAGAUCGCUGACUUUGGCUUGGCCAGGGAUGUCCACGACAUCGACUACUACAAGAAAACCAGCAAUGGUCGCCUGCCGGUGAAGUGGAUGGCACCUGAGGCCCUGUUUGACCGUGUCUACACCCACCAGAGCGAUGUGUGGUCCUUCGGGAUCCUGAUGUGGGAGAUCUUCACGCUGGGGGGCUCUCCCUAUCCUGGCAUCCCUGUUGAGGAGCUCUUCAAGCUGCUGAAGGAGGGGCACCGCAUGGACCGACCAUCCAACUGCACCCACGAGCUGUACAUGCUGAUGCGGGAGUGCUGGCACGCCGUGCCCUCGCAGCGCCCCACCUUCAAGCAGCUCGUGGAGGG